AUGAACAAAAAUAAUGGCAUAAAAAUGCAAAAAAAAGUUUGCUUUGUUUCAUUUUAGAAGUAUUUUAUGAGUCUAAGCUAUUUUGAGUGCUUUUUAAGCACUUCAAGUGAAAGCAUGAAGCUAAAUAUCUUUGAGCUAAACCAAAAAUUCAAAUGA